GUUGACAGGACCGCCAGCACGGCACAGCUCGCGCUCGGUUCCUAAUCGGUGUUUUUAUUUUAAUUUGUAUUAAUCAGCCGUUAAAUCCGGUUAAAGUAGGAAGUUAAAGUAAACUGACCUCGUUACAAAGCACCGAAUUAACGGGAGGAAAAUGCAAACUGCGGGCUCCAUCAUUCCCUAGGUACGUUUGGGUGAAGUUUCCUUGGUCGUGACAGAGUUUGGUUCUUCAAGUUAAGACUGUCUAUAGGAAAACCUCCACCAUAUUUGAUCAACAAGAUAAUCCAGUAUCAAUCCAAGGACUCCAUAAGAGAAACCUAAGAGCUACAAAACAAACGACAGGCAGUGUGUUAAACAAGAAGGUCCUAAACAAAGGGAUACAAAACAGACAACCAACACCUCAGUAAAGACGACCAAGAAAGAGACUCUUUCCCCGAAAGCUCAAUGAUUUUACUGAGCAUGUGUCAUAAAGAGACAUCAAUACACAAGCGAAGAUGAACCCUUAUGUCACCUCACACUUCAGGAGGGAUCUAUUUCCCCAUUUCCAUUUGUUGUAGACUUUUGUCUAUCUGUCUGUUACUGGUUGAAUGAAAUGGCCUCUUUUAUAUUUGUACAGUUAUAGCAGUAGCUCUUGUCUAUUAUUUUACAGUUCUCAUUGUACUUGCUACAGUGCUGGGUUACAGUUGAGGGUUGGAUUCUGUCCACUGUUCCAAAGAGACUGGAUGUGGACACUCUUGUAUAGGCCGGGAUUCAGUUGUAGAGUUCUAUGCAAAUGGUUGGGCAAGGUAGAUACUAACUAAACACUACAAGCAUACAUUUACAUUGCCUGAUAUAUUUGCACAUUUUUCUUUGCAUAUACAUUUUUUUUAUUUUAUUUGUGGAAACUCUCACUGAUGUUCACAUAGCCUUUUGUGAUUUGGUUCAAACAGAGAUGCUGAGCUAGAGACUAUAGUCCACUAUAGUUACCCUCUCAGCCGCCUUAGUUCUCAGCUCUUCUCAGCUCUUCUCCUUCAGUGGCAUACACCUGAUUUUGGCUCCAGACCUCCAGAAAACUAGAAAACUUCCUCAGGUGACCUGUGUGCUUACCUUUUCCCUCAUAUAAAUCGGCCACUUAAAGUUAAAAUCCUGAGUAAUGUUGGAGAUAGAUCAAAGUAAUCUCUCUCUGCUGUUUUCUUCCCUUCUUCUUAUCUUUUGUCAGGCCGUGGCGAUUUCUCAGCCGUAAUGCUGAGCUGUAAUGAGGUAUGUCUGCUCUGAGACACUAACUGUUGCAGGUGAUUGCUAACAGCCGUGUAGUUCAGGGGUUGUGAAAUUGAGAAGAACUUUGAUCGUAAGAAUUAGCAUGUUUUUUGCUUUUUAGACUGCAUGUUGGAAAUGAUUUUAUCAUAUCAUCCCAUUUGAAGUUAAUUUGGAUGUCUGCAUCUUGUCUCAGUAUUGUGGAAGGUACCUUGUAAGGAGCUGUAUAUCCCUGAUAUGUUUCCUACUCCAUUGCAUUUUCAGUUUAUAGCUUUUAUUAAUUGAUACCUGCUUGAGGCUUCCCUUUUGUGGUUUUGAACUGAACAGAACCAAUCCUGCAUGCUUUUCUGAUGUCUGUUGAGGUCAGUCCAACCCUACCAGUCCUGGUCAAAAGAAUUCCUGCAAACUGGGCAUCACAGAAAUAGACUCUUGGGUUACCGCUGACAUUUCUUUUCAGCUCACCUCACUUACUUCAGUGAGUUUUAUUAUUUAAGGACAUUGAUUGUUAAUGAAUAUACCUGUGGACCUACUUCAAGAAAGCCCCCUUUGUUGCUUAGGGAUCCGUUGAUGAAUGUAUAGACAAUACUAGGAAACAGAAUGACAAGUUGGGGAAACUAAACAAGUGACUGAUCAAUGGCAUUGGAGGGAAUUAUUAGAUUGCCCACUAUAGACUUGCAACUAUCUCUUCAUUAAGAGGGAUUUAAAGACUGACUGUGUUAUCAGCUCGACACACUUACUUGACUGGAUCAAGGCGCUUAAUUACCACAUCAACAAGCAAGUCAAGGUUCACUGAGGAAUACUGAGCAACUGAACUUCUCCAUAAGAGAGAAGAGACUUUAUAGGGCAUGAUGGGAGCGGCACGUGUGAAACGCCGCUUCAGUGCUGUGGUGGAUGGGCCAGUGGAGGAAGAGGAGGUCAUGAGGCUGGCACAGAGUGCUGCAGACACGGCUAGGGCAGGGGGGAGUCCAACGGGGUCAGGGACCCCAACCAGCCCCUCCCCGACCCAUGCCCUGAACGGCAAAACUCUACCUCUCCAGAGCAACACCAACAAUGCACGGAGGCAGAGUGCCAUUGGAGAGUCAGUUGGAGGAGAUGCAGGAGAAGGCGGGAUGAGAGCUGCAGGAAUGUGCUCAGGACUAAGGAAUGAAAGAGGCAGUCGUGUAGGAGGAAGAGGUAAAGUCCGGUCAUCCUCGGACCAGGAUUCACUCUCUUCCCCCUCCACUACCAGCCGCCGGCGCACUAGGCGCUCAAGCCGCCGGCCCCGACAACGCUUUGUGGGCAAGGACGGACGCUGCAACGUCACCUUCGUCAACAUGAGCGAGAGGGGCCAGCGCUACCUCAGCGACCUCUUUACCACAUGUGUGGACAUCCGCUGGCGCUGGAUGCUUGUCAUCUUCACCCUCUCCUUCCUUCUCUCCUGGCUGCUCUUUGGAUUUGCCUUCUGGCUCAUUGCCUCCAUGCAUGGGGACCUCUCCAUUCGGCUUACCCCCAGCUCCAGUUCCUCUCCGGGAUCAGGAGAGGCCGGGUCUGGAGGAGAGUCCGAUAGAGAGGCAGUGGUUGAGGAACCGUGCUUCCUCCAGGUUAACAGCUUCAUGGCUGCCUUUCUCUUCUCCUUGGAGACGCAGACAUCUAUUGGUUACGGAUUCAGAAGCGUGACCGAAGAAUGUCCCUUGGCGGUGGUGGCGGUCGUUUUGCAGUGCAUUGUGGGCUGCAUUAUUGACGCCUUCAUCAUCGGGGCAGUCAUGGCAAAGAUUGCCAAGCCCAAGAAGCGCAACGGGACAUUGUUGUUCUCUGAAACAGCUGUGGUGGCGCUGAGGGAUGGGAAACUCUGCAUGAUGUGGAGGGUCGGAAACCUACGCAAGAGCCACCUGGUAGAAGCACAUGUUCGAGCACAACUACUGAAGCCAAGGGUGACAGAAGAGGGAGAGUUCCUCCCGCUGGACAAUGCGGACAUCAACGUGGGUUUUGACACUGGAACCGACCGCAUCUUCUUGGUCUCACCAGUGACAAUUGUCCACGAGAUCAACGACGAGUCACCCUUCUUCGAGAUCGACCGUAAGACCCUGGAGAGUGACUCUGAGUUGGAGGUGGUGGUCAUACUCGAGGGCAUGGUGGAGGCCACAGCCAUGACCACACAGUGCCGUAGCUCCUAUCUGGCUUCUGAAAUCCUCUGGGGACACCGUUUCGAACCAGUGCUCUUCGAGAGGAAAGAUUGCUACCAGGUGGACUACUCAUUCUUCCAUAGGACAUAUGAAAUUCCGGACACACCAUCGUGCAGUGCUAAAGAGCUGGCCGAGCAGAAGUACAUCCAAAGCUCACGCUCGUCAUUCUGCUAUGAGAAUGAAGUGGCUCUGCAACUCGUCUCCCCUGAUGAUGAGCCUGACCAAGACCCCGAAUGUCCCUCCCCACCGACCCGAAGACAAUCCCUAGCAGAACAUCUCCACUACAACUGAACUUGUGUAAUAGGAGACCUUCAGGGAAAAGAGACAGGAAGUUGGACCAGAGGUUAGAGGAAGAACAAGCGAAAAGAGAGGGUUAGAUAAGUAGGAAUGGGCAGACCCGGAUACACUAGGCAGGAUUAAAAGUAGAUAGGACCAUGGAUUUUCCAAUGUCAGGAUAAAGGAUAGGAAGUCCAGGAGAAGCAAGUCAAGAGAUCGACUAGACGUUUUAAAGCUUUGCAAGAUUUUGAGUACUACUCUAUAGAUUAGAUUGCACAGAGAAAUAGAAAUGAUAUGGACAGAUAGAGAAACAGUGGGGGGUUUGGGGUCAGUCUAUAGGGGAGAUGGGUUACUACACUGACCUAGUUGUCUGAUUGGUCCUGGCAAUCUUUCAGGGUAAUUGAAAACCUGUCUGCUAAGUCUCACAUCUGGCCCAUCACUACCACAACCCACUCAUCUGGCUUUAAUGCCUGCCUGGCAGAAUAUACAACAGCACCCCAUGGUGGAUCUAACCUGCAACUUCACCUCCAGUUUUAUGAUCUGCAGGAAAUUGUGAUCUUUAUUUUAGGUGGCUUCUGUAUAAAAAUGAGUGGUAGUGUACCUACUGAGGUACAACUCAGGAAUGUCUUCCACUGUGAUGCUGAUUUAUCAUUUUGAUGCUUUAUUUUCUUAUGGUAAGUAUGGAUAGUGCACAUUUUGUGAUACUUUGAGCAGGGGGAUGUGUGAGAAUGUAGUAUGAGGCUAGGCUACUUGCAGAGCCAAAGCAGAACAACAGUAACAUGGAGAAACAGCUGAAAACUAGCAGCGGUUUUGAGCAGUUUCUUUUCCAUGUUACGAGCUGUAUGUUGUUUUGUUUUUUGGCUUUUUUCUCUGUGUCAUGCAAAAAAAGGUUAACUGAUUGUAACAUUUGCUUUGUUUAAAUCUUGAAUGGCAUGUGGUCAGAGGAAGCAUGGUAGUUAUUUUCAAACCACUGCGAUGAUAAACAGAUGACGAUGUCUGUGUCCAGAUCAGUUAAUGACCACAUGUUUUUUCUUGCACUACUAUCUACGGUAUCUUCUCAUGUUCCAUGUUGCUAAAAUCAACCACAUUUGUAAUGUUUUGCUUAUACUUUUGGAUUCCAGCACUUUGCGACUGAGCUAUGACAUUAUAAUCUUUGUUUAAGUGUCUUGACACUUUGAAGACCCUUGACAGUUCGGACUGAAUCCAAGGCAAAAGGGGUUGCUAUCAUUAACUCUGUAAAUGCGCUGGAGGCCUACAGUCAUCUCCAACAUCAUGGGAACACAACUGAGCUUAACUGAGUGGGAGAGGUGUUCUAACAAUGUUGCUGGCUUCCCGUAUUUUUUGUGUGUCUGAGAAUAAAACAACUGUCUAACAUCAGCACAAUUGAACUGGAAAUUCACACACACACACAUUCGUAUAAAUUAUACUGUAUUUUUGUGCCCAUAAAAUCAUGUGACACCUUAUUCUUAUUCUAAAAGUGUAGUGAGUGGUGCCUUCAUAACAAACCAGAGAUUUUGCAACUGGCCCGUCAUCUGCAGCGGUUAAUUUCAUGUUUAAAAUGUGCUUAAAGCUUAUUUUUGAUGUGUGUAUUUGCAUAAUAAUGCUACUCAUGCAGGUGUUUUUCAAUCAAUUUAACAUUUGCAGUAUGUUGUUCUAAGUAGACAAAAAAAUGUCUAUGCAAAUGAAUUACUGUGAAUCUGCUCAGUAACUGAGAACAUGAACAUGCACUGAUAACAUUAAGAGGCUUUUAGCUGUAUUGUAUUGUAGGAUAUUACGAAGCACCUGGAAUGUUCUUGUUAAUUUUAGAUCCUGUAAUAAUUUGCAGUAAAUUGCCACCUGAGUAUUUAAGUGUUUGAUUACAGAAGGUGUUGGGAAAGGAAAUGUAACUCAGUGUCAGGAGUGCAACAUGAUAUUGAGCGUUGACCAACAAUCAGCCUCUCCAACGCACAGCCUGGAAACUUGUUAUUUGUACUUUGCACAAAAGUAAUACAUGGAGACUAAUAUCACUAAUGAAGCUCUACAACAGCACAGUAGUGUUGCUGGAUCAGCACAGGUUAACCUCAGUGCAUCAGUCGCAGUGUUUCACUCCAGUUUUUGAAAGAUUUUUUUUUAUGGUUACCUCAGGGUUGUUGAGGUAUUGAUAACAUAUUCUCUGUUACAAUUAGUGUUAAUACUGUUCAAUGUUUGUGUCCUCCCUGACACUUUUCCUUUAUGGUCACCAUGUUCUAUUUAUAGGCUGCAUGGUGGGUCAACUCGUUCACCCUGCCUCCACUUCCAUGAAAUGUAACUUGACCUUUCAGCACCAUCACUUUGACAACGAUAGCACUUUUUAAACAACCCAGAAAGAAAUAGACGGAUUAUUUGGUAAUUUCACUGGUUGCUUAGGAUUCACACUUACAGUACACAUAAUACUUUUUUUUUUUUAAAUCAUAGGUAUUUAUAAUAUACAUAGUGUAAAAAUGCAUAGUAUACUGUAAUACUACAUACAUUUUAUUAAUAUAGUGAGAUGAAACCAAUAAAAGCUGUAACUACAUUUCCUAGGUUAUUUUUCUAAAAAGAAAGGGAAACCUCUGCUCUAACAUUGAAAUGUAAUUUCAGAGCUGCCUCAGGCACAGAGCACUUCCAAACUGAACUGUGUUGUAGAGCAAAUAAAACACUGUGAUUGAAUUGGAA